UUGUAGCAUCGGAAAAUAUAGAACCAAAACAUAAUGAGACAAUUUUAUCGAGACAAAGACGUUAUUUGGUUUUUCCUGAGGGUAGUUCGUUUCAAGUGGUAUUCGAUUUGACGUACCCGUCAGUUGGAAUGGGAAACUUGUUCGUGUUUGGCAACACGGCAGCCAUGGCAUGGGAACUACCUUCGACUCCAAUAUUUUUGGAUAAAAAGUAUCUUAAAAAAGAGGAAGAAAAUAUGGAAACGACAACUACAGAAAAGCCAAUUGAAUAUGUAGAAUAUCCAGAAGAUGCAGCUCAAUACGGUUUGCAGUCUUGGCACGCCCCAUUAUUAUCGCACGACUCAUUAAGUCCUCCGCAAUCAACAGGAUGGCAGAGUAAAAUAUCCUUAGAGCCCGAGUUUGAACCGAUGCAAAUAAAUAGGGCUCCUGUUAAUUCGUAUUUCAACCCUUUCGACGAAUACGUUCAACCGAGUUGGGGAAAGAGUUUUCCCGAUGAGCGUAGGCGUUACGAAGAUUCGCAGCGAAGAGGGCCGGAUAAUAUUUGGACAAGUUUUGAAAAUCGAAGAUUUCCCAUCCAAAGGAAACCUAUAAUGGAUAGAGACAAUAUGCAAUUCAGAAAAUCUGUGUUCCACCACGUCCAUAGGAGGAGUCGAAGAGAAUUAUAUACGAAGAUUGAAAAAUUUUUGGACGCAUUAACAAAAAAUGGAAAAAUCUGCAUACUAAAAGCUAUAUGUCAGGUAACUAAAUCGGAAGGAAAAGGAACUAUGGUUCAAGAAAUAAUUAAAGCAAUUUUUAAGGUAAAACCUCAUGAUUUAUAUCCAGACGAAGACCACUAUGAUCAAGCUGCCAACCUAAAUCACAAUUGUGAUGAAUUAUAUCCAGAAUGUGAAGGCCACGUUCUUAGUAACCUGUUCAAAAAUGUCGGCAAAUAAUAAAUAU